GCUGCCCCCGCGCCGGCAAGCAACGGCUGCUCGCAGAAGCCAAACUUCGUGGGCACAAGCGCAACGCGCGCUUCCAGGGGCUCUGGUCGCCCCUAGGAGGUGGCGCGACACCGUGUGGCCACGGCGGGCCUCCGAGUGGGUGCGGAAUGCGGCGGGAAGGCGGCGAGGGCAGCCUCGCUUUCCGCGGCCUGCAGAAUCGCUCCCAGGAGAUCAAGCUGCGGAAGAGAAAGUCUGUCCUGUACCUUAGCUCCCAGGAGAAGAGCCCCGGGCGCCGCGGAGUAAAUUGCAAGACAGUUCGGUUAAGCCAGGGAGUGACGAUGGCAGAAGGGAGGCGCUGGCCUUUGAGCGCAGGUCUUCUUGGAGAAAAUGCCUGCCUGGUCUUCUUUACUAUUGCUUUGCGAAUUCUUAACUGUUUUUUAGUUCAGACAAGCUUUGUUCCAGAUGAAUACUGGCAGUCUCUUGAAGUUGCGCAUCGGAUGGUUUUCAAUUAUGGUUAUUUGACUUGGGAGUGGACAGAAAGAUUGAGAGGUUAUACCUACCCCUUAAUCUUUGCAAGCAUUUACAAGAUUCUGCAUCUCUUGGGGGAAGACAGUGUUCAGUUGCUGAUCUGGAUUCCUAGACUUGCCCAGGCACUUCUGUCUGCCAUAGCAGAUGUGAGACUUUACUCAUUAAUGAAGCAAAUAGAAAAUCAGGAAGUGGCAAAAUGGGUGUUUUUUUGCCAGUUGUGCUCUUGGUUCACAUGGUAUUGCUGUACCAGAACCCUUACAAACACCAUGGAAACUGUUCUUACUGUAAUUGCUCUUUUCUACUAUCCUUUGGAAGGUUCAAAGUCUAUGAACAGUGUCAAAUACUCAUCCCUGGUGGCACUUGCCUUCGUAAUUCGUCCCACAGCUAUCAUUCCAUGGAUACCCUUGCUCAUCAGGCAUUUCUGGCAAGAACAGAAAAAGCUUGAUCUCAUUCUACAGCAUUUUUUGCCUGUAGGAUUUGUAACCUUGAGUUUUUCUCUGAUAAUCGAUCGAAUUUUUUUUGGCGAUUGGACCCUGGUUCAAUUUAAUUUUUUGAAGUUUAACGUGCUGCAGAAUUUGGGAACAUUUUAUGGCUCUCAUCCAUGGCACUGGUACUUCACUCAAGGACUUCCAGUUGUCCUGGGCAGUCAUCUACCUUUUUUUGUUCAUGGCUGCUUUAUAGCCCCAAAGAGGUACCAGAUACUUUUGGUGACUGUUCUGUGGACACUUCUAGUUUAUAGCAUGUUGGGCCACAAAGAAUUCAGGUUCAUCUAUCCAGUUUUACCAUUUUGUAUGGUGUUCUGUGGAUACUCUCUAACCCACCUGAAAAUGUGGAAGAAACCAGCUCUAAGUUUCCUGUUUCUAUCAAAUAUACUCCUCGCCCUCUAUACUGGUUUAGUUCAUCAACGAGGUACUCUUGAUGUCAUGAGUUAUAUUCAAAACAUCUGUCACAACAAUGCCAAUAAAUCUUCAGCUUCAGUGUUUGUAAUGAUGCCUUGCCACUCUACUCCUUAUUACAGCCAUGUCCACUGCCCACUUGCAAUGAGAUUCCUCCAGUGCCCCCCAGACCUAUCUGGAAAAAGUCAUUAUCUUGAUGAAGCAGAUAUAUUUUACUUAAAUCCCUUAAAAUGGUUACAUAAAGAGUUUAAUGAUGAUGCAUCAUUACCCACUCACUUGAUCAUCUUCAGUGUUUUGGAGGAGGAAAUAAGUGCUUUCCUAAUUUCAAGUAAUUAUGAGAGAACUGCUGUUUUCUUCCACACUCACUUGCCGGAGGGUCGAACUGGAAGUCACAUCUAUGUCUAUGAACGAAAAUCAAAAGGGAAACUCAACAGAAGAUGAAACUCUUGAAUUGUAUUUAGAUCUUUCCCACAGAAACUGACACUGCUGAGAGCACUUUAGUAAACACUGGGUAAGCUUUGUUUGGGGAGGGGGGAGGGGGGAGGGGGGAGGUAGAGCCUACCAUGAACCACUUUUUUACCAAAUAGCAACUACUGAGGAAAUAUGUAAAAUAUCACAAAGUAUAAAAUCACAUAUUAAUACAAUGCCAGAUUUUAAAUAAAGACCUUUAGUUUUC